CCUGUUCUUUGUGAUUGUUUGUUAUUGCUUUCAGCUCGAUACGUUUAGACUGGUUUGUUAUUGAUUAUGCUAGACUUUUUAACGUUAUUGCUAGUACGCACUUCAAACUGAUCGUACUUAACUUGACCAUCCAUACAUCUGACAUCUGCAAACAGAAGUAUCACUCGCGGGUUGUUUUACAGGUGCUUGUCUCCUAAGAUGGGUAACUCUUAUAUAUUGAUCAUCGUCUCUGUCUUGGCCAGUGUUUCUAGCUCGCAUGGAUCACAAGAUCAAGUAAUAACGACGUCAUUUGGGAAAAAUGCAACUCUCCAAUGUCCGAUUGCCAACCAGGGCUCUGGUUUGCGGUCUCUUUACUGGAAGAAAGAUGGGACAGCAAUCUAUUCCCUAACGAGCGAUGGGGUGCAUACUAGUGGGAAGUACUCGGUCACUGACACAACGUCUCUCGUCAUACCUGAUGUCACGGAGAGCGAUGCUGGCAACUAUUCCUGUAUAGUGGCUUUUCGGAAGCCAUAUGGAACUAUAACAAGUGAUAUCAUGCAGCUAUACGUGAUAGAGGUAUCUGUGAGCCACUGCAAAGACACUGGGCAGGAGGUGAAUGGUUGUAGCUGUUACAUCAAUGGUUCAAACAUUACAUCUUUGGAGUGUUCCGCAUCAGGUUUUCCCCAUCCUCCAGUUAUCAAAUGGGAGGAGGAGGAUCGAAUCGUCUACCUAUCCUCAUCUGUUGACUUGACAAGGAUUAGAGAAAACACCACUCUCACCUGCAAAGCACGGGAUGUGAAUCUGAAGGGUGCCGUGGAAGAUAAAACCGUGUGCGUCUACUUUGCGCGUGAAGUGACGUCGACUGGUGGAUCCCCAGUAGAAACAACUACUGCAUCUGUAAAUGUCCGAGCAUAUAUUGCAGCUAUAGUAGUAUUAUUCAUCGCCCUGAUCCUCUUGCUCUUAGAACGGUAUAUACGCAAAAAGGGGAAAGCCUUUCAAUGGUAUAAGAAAAGAAACAGUCCGAAAACACUUGCAGAACCAGACGAACCGCCUCUACAUGGGAAGGACAUCGAUGUUUAUGUUGCAGGAUGUGUCGAACAAGUUUUGGAGGAUACUAGUAACUGGAAAAAUUCCAAAGAAAGCAGCGUAGAAGAUCUACCCACAUCGCAACCAGAGAGCACAUCCAUCGUGGGUGGAACUGGUGAUGUUGACUUUCCCCCAGAGGACUACAAUCAAAACGUGGUGGUGGGCGGUGAGCAACAGUUUUCGUUGGUAGGACUGGUGCUUCUUGAUGAUCUAAGCUCCGCGCCAGAAGAAACGAAGGAAUCCAUUAAGGCUGCCUCCGUAGCUUUGGUAGUCGACCCUUACAAGAUUACACAUGUGGAUCCCAAUGUUGCUAUCCAUUCUUUGUUGAUAAACAUGAAUGAGACUUUGCAGAGGAGCGUGAAUACUGGAGACUUAGACAAUCAUGAUGCUGAAUUCGAUCGUGAUAGGAUUCUUGAUGAAAGAGACAGAGACGAGUUUGAGGUGUCUAUCCCUGAGCCUGAGUCCCAAGAAGUGACAGAUGAAUCUCAAAUACUAGACUAUCAAGGAAAUAGAGUCAUCCAGCCGUCUAUUCCCAUGUCAGCAAUGAGCAACAGUGUGGUGCCAUUCAACCCACGGCCUUAUUCCUUACGCGGGGAACUACAGUCAUCCGAGAGAGCUGCGACGAGCAACGUCAUUUCUCGAAUUACGGAUGGUGUAGUGACAGGGAACUCCGGCCUAAGGGACAACGGUUGUUUGAAAUGCAGUACCGGUAUGUUGCUGUCUGUUCCCAUGCAAUCGAACACGACGCCACCAAUGGCUAGCAGCAGUGUGGUGGCAUGCAACCCACUGUCUUCUGGCUUACUUUGGGGACUGCAGUCAUCCGAGAGAGCUGCGAUGUGCAACACUAUUUCGCCAAUCUUUCUUGGUUUUGAUCUAGAGAGAGGGUACUCCGGCCUAAGGGGCAACAUUUGUUUAAAUUGCAGUACCGUCACGUUGACGCUCGGCCCGGUGGGGGUCGGUGCCAUCCAGGUUUUCAGCUCACUGACAAUUCAAGGGACUAGCCCGGUCAGCACACGAGUCACAGAAGCUCUAUAG